CCCCUGAACUAGAGGAUAUCCGAAGUAAGGGGCGUAGGAUUGUCGGUCUUUUUAAAUCCAGCACCACAGCGAAGGAGAAGCUGUCAGAGAUGCAGCGACAGCUGGCCAGGCCAGAGCACAAAUUAAUACAAGAGGUGGAAACAAGAUGGAACAGCACAUUUAAUAUGUUGGAAAGGUUGUUUAAGGAGAGAGAGCCACUGGGGGCAGCUCUGGCCACCCUCCAUACAGACCUUCCUCCACUCACCUCAGAGGACUACCAGGCCAUACACCACUGCUUGAGCAUUCUUUCACCGUUUCAAGAGGCCACAGUUGAGCUUUCGACAGAAAAACGAGUGUCAGCAUCCAAAGUCAUUCCCAUGGUCAAAAUGCUGAAACAUUACAUCUCAAGCAGGUGUGGUCAGAUCACACACCCACUUGGUGAAAAACUGGCCACUAACUUGAAGAACAAUCUCCAUGAGAGGUUUUCAGCUCUGGAGAAGGUCACUGCUCUGUCAAUGGCAACCUUGUUGGACCCAAGGUUUAAAGAGCUGGGGUUCUGCAGCCAAGGCUCUGCCCACACGGCCAUAGAGCGACUCACUAAAGAGUGUGCUGCAACAAUGCAGGCGCUACUUCCAGAGGCACAGCCACAGUCGCCACCUAGAGAAAGUCCUUCAAGUCAGCAGGAAGAUGGUGGUCUCUGGGCCCUGCUGGACAGCCAUGUGGGGUUCAACAGCAGGUGACCAGCACAACUGCCAGUGCAACAGUGGAGGUUCAGAGGUACUUAAAGGAACCUCACAUCCCAAGGACUCAGGACCCACUGAGAUACUGGGUUACCCACAAGGUUUUAUACCCACAUCUCUACAAGCUGGCAAUGAAGUUUUUAUGCACACCAGCUUCAUCUGUGCCUUGUGAGAGGAUCUUCUCCAAGGCUGGCGAAAUCGUCAGCCAAAGACGAAACAGGCUGAAGCCCAGCACAGUGGAGAAAAUUCUGUUUUUAAAUAAAAAUCUAUAACAUGUAUCCCACCCAGUCAUGUUAGACCCUGGUUCACAAUCACUCAUUCUCACUUUAUACAUGGCAUUCACAAUGUAACACAAGCACUUCUCACAAAUCUUCAAACAUUGUCUUUGUUUUAUUUCCACACUGAAGUGUUACAAGGGCAAGGAACUUAGUGGAGUAGAUGAUAUAUGUCCUGUCUGCCACCAGAUGCCGCUGUUCUGUGUGGUUUCGAAGCCCCAAAUGCUUCAUUCAUUUUUCUGGCACAUUUACACGAAGCCCCAUGAGAGCUUCAUGGGGCUUCGAUUCCCAUCCCUAAUCAAAACU